AUGACACCCAAAUUUGAGGCUGUACUAGGCAAAGUGCCCAUCUCGUGGAAGCGCCUCAUAGCCCUCAGGCCACUCGGUGAUGAUCAAUUUGAGUCUGUAACGCCCGCCUGGCCGCCGGCUCCGCACAAGAGAGCCUUUGGGGGACAUGUUUACAGUCAGGCCGUUUACGCUGCUAGUCACACCGUCGGCGAGGGCUUCGUUGUGCAUCAAGUGACCGGUCACUUCAUCCUGCCUGGCGCGAUCGACACUCCAUUUGUGUAUCGAAUCAGAAGGAUUCGUGACGGCGGGAAUUAUUGCCUGAGAAGUGUGGACGUCUUCCAAGAAUCCGAAGAUGCAGGGUUCGGGAAAACUCCAUGUUUCAUUGCCACGAUUUCUUUCAAGCGGCCCGAAAAAGGAUCCAAGAAAUGGAAAGAUUUCAAUCACCAGAGCAUUGCCCGUGACCAUAUCACCACCACUUACCAGAGUGUCCUAGAAGGGAAGGAUUUCGAAGACCAUGCGCUGGCGCCCGGGGCGGAUGCUUUGUGGGAAGAAGAGGAGCAAGAAGCAUGGUCUCGCGCCGCCGCCGCUUUCCCCGGUGUUGAGACGAGAAAAGUCAAUAUGCACAAGUAUAACGGAGUGGUCAAAGAAGGAGGCGGGAAAGAUGGCGAAGGCACCACCCGAUGGCGGCAACUACUCUUCUACCGCAUCAUCCUAGACGAGCAAGAAACCGAGCCGACCGACUUGAAUCUCCACGCGGCGGCACACCUCUACGCUUCAGACCGAAACUCGCUCUUCCUCCUCCAACACGCCGCCGGCUUCCAGAGCAUUCGGACAGAUAUGGCCUCCCUGUCGCACACAGUGAUCUUCCAUCAGCCAGCGGACUCGCUGUGCAUGGUCGAUGACCAGGGGAAACCCAAAUGGUUCGUGCAAGAGUCGUGGACGACUUUCAGCGCGGAUAAGAGAGGCUGUCAUAACUCUUACCUGUGGGAUUUCGCAGAAGGUAGCGUUCUGGCUACUACCAUCCAGGAUGGCAUGAUGCGUUUCCCGAACAGCGGCAGUGCGACGUCGGCGGCCGAGAAGACGAGCCUCACCACCAGCCCUCCUGAGGAAGCUGUGGAGCAGUCGAAGAGUAAAUUAUGA